AUGGAGGAACAUCAGGAGAUCCCUUGGAAGAAUCAUGAGAUCCCUCAAGAACAGCAUGAUACCCCUCAGGAAGAUCAGAGUGAAAGUUACAUUAAAAUUGAAGUUGAAGAUGAAGACCCAUAUGUGAUUAAUGAUGAGCCGUGUAAGGUGGAGGAACGUUCUCCAGAGAUCAGCCCAGACACCAGAGACAUUCGGAGAGACAUCAAAACUGAAGAGGACGAAGGAUGUGUGAGGAUUAAAGCUGAGGAAAUUCCUACAGAGAUCAGCUCAGAUGGAUCCGGGAACAGAAAUACCCCAGAGAGAUGUCCUCUGUAUUCACGGGAUUCCACACAGCAACAUCAGGAGAUCCCUCAGGAACAUCAGGAGAUCCAUCAGGUCCGUCCUCUGUGAGGAAUAAACACUAAAUCCGGAAUCUUCGCAGCAGAGAAGCUGCAUUCCUGUCCUGAAUGCGGGAAGUGUUUUUCCACUAGGAAGGUUCUUAUUAAACACCAAAGGACUCACACCGGGGAGAAGCCAUAUUCAUGUCCCAGUUGUGGGAAAUGUUUUACACAGAAGUCUUCACUUCUCACACACGAGAGAGUCCACACGGGAGAGAAGCCAUAUUCCUGCUCGGAGUGCGGCAAGUGUUUUUCGUUGUCUGCACAUCUGGUUUUGCAUGAGAGAACUCACACCGGAGAGAAACCAUUUUCAUGCCCUGAAUGUGGGAAAUGUUUUACGCAAAAAUCAGCGGUGCUUACGCACCGGAGAACUCACACCGGACUGAAGCCAUUUUCAUGCUCCGAAUGCGGAAAAUGUUUCUCCCGGAAGACAGCGCUGAUCACGCAUCAGCGCGUGCACACGGGAGAGAAGCCGUAUUCCUGUUCGGAGUGCGGGAAACGUUUUGGUGACAGAUCGCAUCUUAUCCAUCACGAGAAGACUCACAUGUCCGAAAAGCCUUUUUCCUGUUUGCAAUGCGGGAAGUCGUAUACUCAGAGAGGGAAUCUUAUUUUACACCAGAGGACUCACUCUGGGGACAAGCCGUUCUCAUGCCCCGAAUGCGGGAAAUGUUUUUCUCAGAAAAACCAUCUUAUUAGGCACCAGAGGUGCCACACGGGGGAGAAGCCGUUUUCCUGCACCGAAUGCGGGAGAUGUUUUUCGGAGAAGCGAUAUCUUAUUUCCCACCAGUCGGGUCACACGGGGUUAAAGCCGUAUUCAUGUUCGGAAUGCGGAAAAUGUUUUACCGACAAAUCGUAUCUUGUCAAACACGUGAGAGUUCACACCGGUGAAAGCCCGUAUUCGUGUGCCGAGUGCGGGAGAUACUUUACCCAUAAAUCAUCCCUGACUAAACACGAGCGAGGCCACACAGGCGUCCAGCCAUACGUAUGCUCUGAUUGUGGGAAAAGUUUUACUGAGAGGCGGUACCUUAUCUCACAUCAGGCAGCACAUACCGGAGUGAAACCCUUUUCCUGCCCAGUGUGCGGGAAGUGUUUUACCGAUAGGUCAUAUCUUGCUAUACAUCAGAUCAUCCACACCGGCGAUCGCCCGUAUUCCUGUUCUGAGUGUGGGAAAGCGUUUACACAAAGGUCCAAUCUGAUUAGGCACGAGAGAGUCCACACAGGUAAAAAGUCCCACGACUGCUCAGAGUGCGGGAAAAGCUUUCCCUUCCGGACAGCGCUUAUUUCGCACCUGCGAAGCCACACCGGAGAGAAGCCGUUUUCCUGCACCGAAUGCGGGAAGUGUUUCAGCCAGAAGUCGUCAGUUACCACACACAUGAGGAUCCACACGGGGGAGAGGCCGCACGUCUGCGCAGAGUGCGGGAUGGGUUUUACCGAGUCAAGAUUGCUGCGUAUACACCAGCGGAAUCACACCGGCGAAAAGCCGUUCUCCUGCGGCGAGUGUGGGAGGAGCUUUAAACGCAGGUCCGUACUCAUCGCCCACCAGAGACUCCACACAGGGGAGAUGCCGUAUGCCUGCUCCGAGUGUGGAAAACGGGCUGCGCAGAGGUCAACUCUGAUUGCGCAUGAAAGAGUUCACACGGGGGAGAGGCCCUAUUCCUGUACGGUGUGUGGGAAGGCUUUUAGCUUAAAAAGAAACCGCGAUGUACACCUGAAAACCCAGCACCAAGGUGUAACGUGCGGAAGAAACAUGACAACGCCUUACUGA